GCUGACAGACAGCAGACUGCUGGAGAUUACUUUAAUCGAGCUUUGGAAAUUGUACACUGACUCUAAUUGUCAGUUUGGUGCACAAGACAGUGGAAAGCUGCUGAGUUGAAGCGACCAUGGGAAACGAACAUUCAACUCAGAAAAAACAUCAGGCAAAUGCUGAGAAAAAAGUCCAAAAUGGAGAGCUAAAUGGACAUGCAGUACCAGCUCCAGAUAAAACUGAACCUGAGACAAGCAAAAAAGAAGCAGUGGAGCAAAAGAGUGAAACCCCACCAGUGCCUGUCACAAAUGAACCAAAACCACCAGAAAAAGAGGAGGUAGACAGCAGUAAAGCCAACGGACCUGCGCAUGUGGAAACGACCCCUGAGCAAAAACCGACAGUCACAACAGAUGCAGAACCACCCAAAAAAGCCCCAAAGCCCAGUGGAGAUGAGGUGUCCAACUUCCUUGGUAAAAUGUUCAAAAAGAAGAGCGAACCUGUGAAACCUGUAGCAGAAAACAACGAUUCAGUUGACGCACCGGCCAAAGCGGUGGAUCUGAAUAUCGACAUGCAGACUGAUCCAGUGGACAUAAAGAGCAGCGCAGAGCCGGAGCCGGAGGCUGAAGCUCUCGAACCCAGUCCUGUGGAAGCCGCAGAAGAAAACAACCCGUCAGAGGAGGUCAAAGCAGCAGAAAAGACAGUUAUGAACUUUUUCAAAACAUUUGUCACUCCGACCAAAACAAGCAAAGAAGCCAAAGCCACUCCUGAUGCUUCAAAAGAGCAGUCACAGAAAGAGACCCCACCAGCACCAUCAACAGAUGUACAGGAAGCACCCAAGGCACCUCCUCCUCCUCCUCCCCCAGCUCCACCUAAGAUGGAAAGCAAAGCAGAGCCGGCGGUGAAGAAAGAGGAAACGUCUGCAACAAAAGCAGCGGCAGCAGCUGCAACAAAAGCAGAGGGAUCUGCCAAGAGCAAAACUAAAGCAUUAAGCAAACUCUUCCGUUCAAAGGUGUUGCUAGGCAAAGUGGUGUCAAAAGUUCAGGCGGCGACCAGCAGUGGAGCCAGAGCUAAGACGUCAGGAGUGCCUGUUGUGGUGGAAGAGAAAAAGCCGGUUGAGGUGCAGGUCGACGCGUCUAAGACCAGCACUCUCGAGGCCGCUGCCAAACCUGAAGAACCUCCAGUGCCAAAAGCAGAGGAGAAGAAACUAGAGAAGAAAUCCACUUUUGGAAACAUGUUCAAACCCAAGGUUCUGCUCGGCCAGGUGAGCAGCAGGAUCCAGGCUGCGGCAUCCAGCGCUGCCGCCAGCAUCUCCCUCAUGUCUGCUGCAGCGGCACCAGAGUCCAAGAAGGAGACUCCAGCUGCUCCUCCCGUGGCAGAAGCCGCUCCACCCGCGAAGGCCAAAGAGGAGCCGAGACCCACCGCUCCUGCACCGCAAGCGGCCCCAGACAACAAAUCAGCCGAUAGCACAGAGAACACCUCCCCCAACAUGCCCCACAAGCUGGAGAAGAGGAACUCCCUCCAGCUGUUCUUCAAGAACCUGGGCCAAAAACGCCAUUCUGAUGCCGGAGUGCAAACGGACCCUGUGGCACCCGAGAAGGCCAAAUAAAACCCUGCCUUUGUUUUGAUCGCUCAUCUGUGCCAAAACCAUUGGCAGUCAUGCACAUAAGAACAUAUUUACCAAAGUUGGGAGGUAUUAUGCUGACCUGCAAGGCCCAAAUUUGAAGCAACUAUCAAAUAAUAAUCUGAAUCCCCAUGCGUUUAGUGAGAGCAGAAGUAAGUGUAACGAUUUCCCUGUUAAGCAAGUGCUACAUGUUGUUUAUGACCGGAGGGAGGAACUUGUGUUGUUUUUCGCAGAGAAACGAGUUGUGUGGUGUGGCAUGAGAUGGAAAAGUGAAAGUGAAAAUGUAAUCCUGCAUUGAAGAUAAACUCCCUUUUUUAUGUGCAUGUUCAAAGGUAAAAUAUGUUAACUAUACUAACACUACUCAUAUUGCAUCGCAAUUUAUAUGCAUUGUGCAUUAAAGCCGUUGCAUUAAGAUGCCUUUUCACCGGGACAAAGCAAACAUCAUGCGCGUUUGCAUGUGAAAAGAAUUUAUUUAUGUAAUCAUACACUAUCUGAUUGUGAAUUCAAUGAACCGUCGUCUGCUUAUUUCAAUCACUGGAACCUACAAAGCCAAUUUGAAUUCCACUUAAAGUGCAAAACUUCUGAAUCACUUUAAUAGAUCCAUAGAAAUCACAAGUAUUUAUUUAACAUAAUGUCAGUCAAAUUGAGCACCAUAUAUUAUUAUUCCAACUUAUUCGGUUAUUAAAGUUCAGCCCAGUUUUUAUAAA